UUCAGUCUUCUCUGCUCCGUUCUCCGACACUGACUGAAACACUAAACUACUGCAGCAAUUCCAAUCCAUAGGAUGGAAAGAAAACUACACUACACACCUUUCAUCUACAGAAACUUUAAUUACUACUACUAGAUGCCAUCGCCACUGAAACUUGACUGAAAAAAUUGCGUGUAAUAAUUUGAUUUUGAAUUUGCUUCUACGUGUACUAAUUUGAAAUAAUUUCUCGGUGUGCUAUGUGAUCGAAUUAGAAAAAAAGUUAAUCAAGCGAAAUCAAUCAAUUGUGAUAUAAAAAGAAAAAAAAUUGGCUUCCUUAAAACACCUAUCUUUAUGAGCUGAACUUUUCAAUUUCAACAAGGGUGGAACUCAUAUCAACCGCAGAGGAAAACUAUCCUACGAUUCCGUGAUAUCCAACAAUAGGAAAAAUGUACUGAUGAUAAACCUUAGCAAUCCAAUAAGUACAGAGAGAAAAUGUGAUCCUCUAGAGUGAUAUUUCAUGGUUGAAAAAAAAGUGAUAAUAAUUGCUUUAUUAGAACAAACUACCCUCAUGAGGGUUGAAAAAGUUCGGGAACGAGAUUGUGAACUUUAACAAUAACUCAUCCAAGCAGGCUCCCAAGCGGGAAAGGGAAUAGGGCCCUAUUGUGCCUCAGAAUCGAUUACCGAUAAGGCGAAGAUAGGGACAAGUAGGCGCGGAAGAUAAACAAACAAGGGCAAGCGAAAGCGAAAGGUACUUUGCCCAGUGCCAGUCAAUUCGGUAGGCGACAAAGGUUUGAUUAUAUAACCCAUCAUCACUCUGUGGAAACAUCUUUCGUAAACUUUGGGGCGAGAGAGGGAAAGUUUAACAGACAUUUGCGAGAGCGUGUUUGUUUCAGUGAUUGGAGUCAGCACUUCCGGCGGAGUACCGAACGCCCAGCAGCUGCUAUUCCACCUUGGGGGUAUCAUAUUGGUAGUGGUAGGCAGUGCGCUGCUUACGCUAAGCCAAAAGGAUAAAUGUAAAUUCCUGUGAUCGUAGAAGGCGGCGGGUGUUGCUGUGUCAUGUCGCAUUAGGCGUUUGGAGCAGCUUGUUCUCUCUAGUGGAAACGUUUUAUAUUUAGCACACCAAAGGCAGGACCACCAGCAAUCAGUCCCAGCUGCCACGUAGCAAUUUGGCCUGGCGUUCGUAUUCUGAAGUUACAAACCGGUUGAUAGAUACCCAUCAGUUCCUGCAAGUUGUUUGUGCCGUUCGAUUCGCGAACAGCCCUCAUCGGAUUCGUAAUUGGAAUACGGAAUCGGAGCAGAAGCAUCCCACGCCAAAUGAGGAUCCCGAUUGACUGCGCUUCUGGCUCCGAAGCGUCGGAUCAUGACCCCGUAAUGUUGCUGACCAGGCGGAGAGGAAAACACGUUUAUCCACAGCCAGGAGCGCUACAACCCACUUCUAAUAGUGUAGAAUAAUAGAGUCGUUAUACCGAUUGUAGCCGUCGUCGUCGUCGUUAUCGUUGUUGUUGUCGUUGAUGUUUGUUCAUAGCGUUAGUUGUUGGCAGCUUUGGAAUAGCGGAGCGCAUACAUAAUCAUCAUCCUUUUUCCGACGAAGAUAUCCUGUUCCGAGGAGCGGGGAGAAGCAUUCGACGGGCCGGAGAAGCACGAAAAAAGCACUGAUAGGAUAAUAAUAGCAGGGAAUCGCCUCGUCCGUCGUCCGUCAUCAUGGGCAAUGGAAUGAACAAGGUCAUGCCCGGGUUGUACAUUGGCAACUAUCGGGAUUCAAAAGACUAUCAGCAAUUAGAAAGAUAUCAAAUAACGCACAUUGUCUCGAUACAUGAUAGCCCACGGCGUUUCCAUCCGGACAAACACUACCUCUGUGUGAUGGCCGCCGACACACCGGACCAAAACCUGUCGCAAUACUUCUCUGUCUGCAAUGAUUUUAUACACGCCGCCCGGCUCAAGGAAGGCCACGUGCUGAUCCACUGUCUGGCCGGGAUGUCCCGCUCGGUCACGGUGGCCGUGGCCUACAUCAUGUCCGUCACCCCGCUCAACUGGAAGGAGGCCCUGAAGGUGGUGCGCGCGGGUCGUGCCAUCGCCAAUCCCAAUCUCGGCUUCCAGAACCAGCUGCAAGACUUUGAAUCCUACAAGCUUUUGGAUGAAAGGAAACGCCUCAAAGAACGUUUCCCCAGCUUAGCCUUGGAAAGUAAUGAUAGAGAGCAAUGCUUUGUAGCUUUAGAUAAUUACGAAAUUUUGCUAGAAAACAAAGGAGUUUGCGAAGGCCAAUGUAAAUUUGCAAAAGACUGUCCAACAGGGAUCUGUCGUUCGGAGUCACGUAGUGGCCUUCGCCGCAAGGGAAGUAACGCAUCGAGAAAGCAAUACAACAACCUCUCGGCAUCGCCGUCGACUUCCUCUCAGCUGUCGGUGCGGAGUGCCGCCCAGUCCUGUCCAACGUCGCCACGCAGUUCGAAAGGAGGAGGAGGGCCAGGUGCCGGUACCGGUCAACGGAACAACCCCCGGGCUGCGGCGGAACAUUCGGCCGAGAUCGACAUUGGGGAACUGUCCGAGCUGCGACGUAGUUCCAGUAUCGUUAGCACCUUUAGACCUCGCAGCAGUCCAGCCGGGUUGUACUCUUAUACGGGUUCAGCUCCUCCAUCCAUCCACGGUUCACGGGUCGAUUUAGCUAUAGCUAGUGGCUCAGGUUCGGCGAUAUAUCUGGGUUCUAAUUCUCCCUCCGCAAGUCCAUCGCCCGGAAUGAGCCGUCGCGUUAGUCUAAGGUCACCGAAAUCAACUCCGAAAUCUACCCCAGAUAACUCCCCUAAACCUUCCCCGAAAAGGUUAGCCCCCUCGAAGACCUCGGCCAUAUCAAGUCAGUCACAAUCAAGUAGCGGCAGCAAUAUUAGUAAAACUAUUAACAGCAACAGCUCAUCACCGAUGAAAACUGUUGGCAGCUCAAAACCAAACUCAAAACCACCAAUUGCCAGUUCCACCAAUGCCACCAAAUCUCCGGCCAGGGCUUUGCCAUCCUCCUCCCCGUCAUCGAAUCCCGUCGCCGAUAAAAGCACCUCAAAAAGCACAAGCAACAAUGGCAAAAAAUGACAGGCACCAAAUGACAAAGCAUAAAUUUCCGAAAAACGCUUGUUGUUGUAAACAAACGCGAAAAAAGCUAAAAAUCCAAAAAAGCAAAAAAUCAAAUGUCGAUAUUUUUGUCUCAAUCGUUUAUAAUGAUGAUAUAUAUUUACCACAUAACACAACAUACACACACACACACAAACCCCCUACUUUAGUACACGUGUCACCAAGCGAGAGCAAAUAGAACAAAUAAAAUUUGAACUUGGGAAGCGGACGGCGAAGCCGACUAGAACCAUUCCCCUGCACCAGGAAAAUGCACGUGAUGGAAUGGUGCCGGAAUCGGUUGGGAAGAUAAUUCGAUAAUAAUGGAAACGACAUGAAUCCACACCACAAUAUAUAUUUAGCAAUUUUGUGAAAUUUUAUUUUAUACGAAAAAAGAGACGAAGCGUAUGGAUAGACAUGAAAAGAAACUAUGAAGCAUAUUUUAUUGGCUUGUACGAAAGCGUAAAAAAACGAGAAUAAAAAAGUC